GAGAUGUGAAGCUUUCUACUGUACAAUAUAAGACAUGACUCCAUUGUGACAUGUUUAGAUGCUAAAAUAUAGAAACAGCUUAAAAGGUUUAAGGGACAAAACAUUUGAAUAGGGGACAGACAGAAAACCAGUUUUUUCUCUCACUUGCUCACUUACUCUUUGUUUUCUGAGAAUACAUCCACUGAACUGCAUCUAAGGUAGGUUUAAGAGUUUUCACAGAAUGCAAAGGAACUGUUCAUACUGUCACAGGAUUUAUGGUACUUUUUACAUAUUCUCUAAAAAAUGUAAGAAUUUAUUGUAUGUUGGAUUACAUAAGAAACUUACUCUAUUCAUAUUCAUUAUAUUUGACACUUGCACCUUGUCUCUUUUCUAUUUUACAGCUUUUAGUAAACAUUUAAAAUAGAUCUCCCAUCUCAAAAAUGAUGGUCACCAUCAAUUCAAGCAUCGAAACCAACUUUUCAAGCUUUGACAGGAAUUUAAACACCACUGUCCUAAAUGACUCGCAAUUCGUUUACAAUGACGAUGUGUUCAUCCGUUUUGCCUUAAUAGUCAUUCUUUUCAUCACCAUGGUGUCUCUUGGAUGCACACUAAAGAUCUCACAGAUCAAGAAGCAUCUCAUCAGACCCAAAGGGGUUGCGAUUGUAGUUGAGGCUCAGUUCAGAAUAACACCCCUCACAGCCUUCAGUCUGGCAAAGCUUUUCCAGUUGGGUCCUAUGGAAAGUGACACUGUGUUAAUUUGUGGGUGCUGCCCGGGAGGAAACCUCUCCAACAUCUUUACUCUGGUUCUCCAGGGAGACAUGAACCUCAGUAUUUUGAUGACAACAUGUUCCACGGCACUGGCAUUGGGUAUGAUGCCUCUCCUGAUCUAUCUGUACUGCCACGGUUUCUCACACUUGGAGAAUAUUGUUCCUUACAAUGGCAUCACUUUAGCUCGAUUGACCUUGGUGCCCUGCAGUAUUGGCAUCCUUAUCAACCAUCAUGCGCCACAGUAUUCCAAGAUCAUCACCACUGGUGGGAUGACUAUCACGCUCAUCUCUAGUGUUAUCAUAGGCAUUCUGACUGCUGUCAUUGACAGAGGCUCAGUUUUCAUUGUGACUUCUCAACUUAUAGCCAUAGCUGCAUUGAUGCCACUGAAUGGAUACAUAUGUGGAUAUAUCCUGUCGACUCUGUUCAAGAUGAGUGCUUCUUGCAGACGGACUAUUGCUGUGGAAGUAGAUUGUCAGAACAACCUGCUGUGUACCACAAUCCUGAAGGUGGCCUUUCCUUCUGAGCUCAUUGUUCAGCUAUAUCUCUUCCCCAUUGUCUACAUGUUGCUGCAGUCAGCUGAGGCCAUUAUCUUCAUAAUCCUGUUCAGAUGCUUGCAGAGACUAAAAUCCUCACAAAAAGAAACAAAGGUGUACAUAGCAGAAGAGGGAGAGGCUGAAGAAACUAAUGGUGAUAUUUGA